ACAGCAAAUAAUUAAUUAGAAUUAUUUAUGCAACAAACGUUUUCGAUUACGCAAAACAACGCGUAGCCAAGCAAACAAUCCUACGUAACUUCGCCUUUACUCUUCCUUCUAUAAAGCCUUCAAUUCGUCGCAGUUUGCCGGCGGCGGCGCCAUGGACGACGGAGAUCGGAGGAAGCGGAAAAUCACCGAAGAAGAUUCCGACGAGGAGAAGAUGGAGCGAUUCUUCGCCUUAGUUAAAAGUACUCGAGAAUUGCGAGAACGAAUGAAUUUUGGAAUUAAGGAGAAGGCCUCCGAAAAUAAGCCGCCGGCGGCGGCGGUCUGGAAUCCGACGUUCAAGCCGGAAGAUUUUGCGGAUCCGCCGGAAAAAACUGUGGAGAAACCAGCGGCGGCGGAAGGAGGAAAGAGGGGAAGCGAUGGGGAGAAGGGCGGAGAUGAAGAGUUGGACCUUAAUCUUUCUCUCUAGUUUAAUUUCUAUAGUUAGUAUUGGAGAUUAUUUUAAAUACUUGUCUUGAUAAAUAAUUAAAGGGUACCAUUGACUAUU